GUAGCGGAGCCUUCGGAGCGCUAAGGGUUUAAGGAAAGACACCACCAACCGCCGAACCUCAGUGGAUUACAGAGAUAACGGUAGUUGCGGUUAGCUUCGCACUUAGUAUGAGAUAAAAAUGAGCUAUGAUUAAGAUGACAUCGUCGUCGAUAAGUCGUGGUCUAGGGGAGAUCUUGAAAAGUAUCAUUCGUUCAGCUAAGACGGCACAGUGUAGCCGCAAUCCUUGUCGACGAGUGACCUGCUCCUAGAAGCCAGUUCAAGCUCAGUCAUAGAUAGAAUCCAAGAAGCAUCAAGAAAAGAACCAGGGGAGAAUGCUAGGCCCUCGUCGACGAUUCAUCUUUACCGUCGUUCUUCUUUCAUACCUGUGCAGAGGUUCAACAGCUAUAAAACCAAAUAUAUCAUCGACAACUGACCAGAUUGUUAUAAAAGAAGGCGAAUCUCUGCGGCUAAAAUGCUCCGGCAACUCGGACAUCUUCUUCACGUAUCCCACCAACCUAUCGUAUCAUUCUAGUACACUCGAAUAUUAUACAUCACCUGUCGAAAUAAACAAAAUCCAAGAUGAAUGUGGGAGCUACUGGUACGAUUUUCGUCGACCGAAUACAGUCUUUGGGGACACUGGUUGGUACGGUUGCUCGUAUCACCCUAUCCUGACCACCAGACAUAAUUAUUCCGAUCCUGAAAUCAGCUUGGUUUAUGUCUACGUUGAGUGUAAGUGUGCUUCAGAUUUCUAUUAAAUUGUAAAUGUUCAUGCAAAAAUUGUCCGAUAUCUCAGUGUCGAACA